GUUUCAGGUGUCAUUUAUGCCAGCUGUGCUAAUUGACACACAAAAGUUUCAGAUUUCCUUUGACAACAAUAAUGUAACCAUGAGAGCAGACUUGAAAAUUUCUUCACAUAUAUUUUUUAAAGUUUCUGGUUGAAUAGAAUAUAGAAUUUUUCUAGAAAUAAGAUUAAGAUUUUUCUAAAACAGCCCAAAGUUACAAAGCCAACUAUUUCCGCAUGACUGAAAAGCUACAAAUACAGUGAGUUAUUAGUCAGAGGUUUUAAUAAAUCAACCUAAAGUUAAUUAAAUUCCUCAUGUCUCCUUUGCUUGUUUUUAAGUCAUAUUUUUAGUUUGAAUGCAACUCUUUCAUAAUUUAAAAUACAGUUUUUAUCUUUAAUUAAAAAUGUUGUGCUACUUCCCAGCCAGACAAUGCCUCUCUGAGUGCUGUGUUGUGUGAGAUUUCACAUUUCAAGAAAAAAAAAAAAUGCUCAACUGUAUGGAUUUUACUUGAAUGUAAACUAAGUUUGUGAUUUAAUUUUUCAUGAAGAGUGUGUUCAUCUCUAUCCUUAGCAUUUGGCUGGUUUUAUCGAUAUGAGGGGAAGCUGCCUUCACUGCGAAAGGUACAGUUUGGUUGUGUUGUGUGAAGUGGAUCUGAACAGUUUACCUUGAAAUCUGACAUUUAACUCAAAUGGUUGGAAGUGAGCAGGGAUCGUUUUCUCAGAUUUUCUUGUGUUGGUGUUGCACCAGUUUGUGUUUGUAUUAUUUAGUUGGCAGUGGCUGUGUUUUAUUUUUAUUUUUUGCAUUUUGCGUUACCCAUCUGGUGAUGCCUCAGAAAGGAGAAAAGAAAAAGAAGAAAAAGAAAAUGUCCAACACAGACACACUGCAGGAGCAGCGAAAGAACAAGAAGGAGAUGGAGUUUGAGCUGAAACUUGCCAGAGAGAAGGAAGGAAUGCAAGAACGGGAGAAACAACUAAAGAUCAAUCGCCUGGUUCAGGAGGUCUCAGAGACUGAAAGGGAAGACCUGGAGGAGUCUGAGAAAGUGCAGCACUGGGUGGAGCGACUAUGUCAGACUCGGUUGGAGCAGAUCUCUUGUGUGGAGAAUGAAUCCCCAGAGCUCUCCCCACCUCGUUCUCCUGGCUCAGAGCCAAGGGUGAAGCAUUUUCCUGGUGGUUUCAACCUAGCAACCACUGAUCUGGACGACAUAAACCUGGAUGAGGUGGACCAGAGCCUGAGGGGGCCUCUUAAAAAACUAGUCCCGACUCAGCCCACCACAAACCAGCCUCCGCCUCCCUUGCCUCGCCCCCCACCCUCACCCAAAUUGAAUCCAACAAUCCCUAAGUACUCCCCGCCCUUACCUCGAGUAUCCCCACAGCGCCGGCCUCCUUCUUCCCCCAGUCCUAGGAAGCCUCCAUCCUCUCCAUCCACUUUGACACACAAGGGGCACAAGCCUCGCGCACAUCCCCAACAUACACAACUGCGCCGCCCGUCUCACUCCAACUACCCUCUGCCAUCUCAAACGUCAAGACCCCCAUCUUCCCCUCAACCCACGCCACACCCCCAUCCUCUGCCUCCCCCUCCUCCUCCGCCACCACCACCUCCUCCUCCGCCUCCUCCUCCACAGCACUCUGGAGAACGUGAAUACCGCCAGCAUCACCACCACCACCACCAUCACUUCCAACAUCCUCCCAGCCCUCCCGAACACAGGAGUGAGUGGGAAACAGGUGGCUACCUCCCCAGAGGGGGGAUUUAUGCAUCUACCAGUGAAAUGUCUCACCCCUCAAGUCCAAAGGUGAUGAGAAACACCUCCCAUGUCAGUCAUAUUUCCAGUUCAAGCAGUCAGCUGCAGCUGGCUCCCAGUCCCCCUAACCAGAGGCGUCAGAUGGCUCCCGUCAUGUCAAAGCCCGUCAUGCUGCCGCAGUCGCAGGCUAACCGGCCAGAUCCGCUCCGACCUGCUGUCCGUUCUGAUGGCCUGCCUCCAGAAAUGCUUAAACGGAUGGUGCCUUUCAACUCGUCUUUCAAAUCAAACAACAAACAAGGAUUUCAGAAAUACGUGGACGACUUUGAUCCUUACUCCAUGUUCUCCUCAGAGCAGGUAGAUGGGCGAGAUGUGAGACUGUUAAAAAUCAAAAAGGCCGGACAACUUGAACUUGCUCUUGAAGGGGGAGUUGAAUCUCCUCUUGGAAAGUUGGUGGUGUGUUCAGUGUAUGAAGGCGGUGCAGCCGAUAAGCACGGAGGGGUUGUCCCUGGUGACGAACUCAUGGCUGUCAAUGGGAAGAUCCUGAUUGACGCUACUUUAGAAGAGGGACAAAACUCUCUGGCUCGGGCCUGGAACAGUGGAGGGGACUGGAUCGAUGUUGUGAUUGCUGUGUCCCCUCCAAAGGAUUAUGAAGAUGAAGUGACAUUCUUCUAACACCACCAGCCAUUAAAACCAGAUUCAUUAGGAGGAACCUCUUCAACGAGAAGACUGAGAGGCUCUGUGCUUUUUCUGCUUUAUCUCGUUUUGGGACUGAGCCAAGCUGUCGUUCAGACUGACGCUGCAUCACUGAUAGCCAUCUUCUCUGUCUUGUUUUGUCAAUGGAUGGUCCAAUCAAUAAUCAAAUUUCUCCCUUAGACCUUCCCUUCUGCAAAAACUGGAAAUAAUUGGCUUCUAUUAUGCUAGCAUCAGUCACUAUGCAAAUGAAGGAGGAAUUUGAAUAAAUAAUCAAUAAUGCGUUCAGAAUUUUCUUGACCCCAAUAAAGAACUGGUCAGACUAAAAUUGAGGUUCUGCUUGAAUAUUGAUUUGAGAUUUUUUAAUAAAUUUUUUUUUUUUUUACAAAUUUAUAUACUUAGUACUGUAAAUAUAGUAUUUUUAAGUAAAGGUUAUGUUUGCAUCUAUCCUCUGCAGAAAUAUGCAUAUCCAGUAUAUAAUCCACAUUUUUGUUUAGAUGUAUAAGAGCUUGGGACUCUGAAUUAGUAUUUUAUAUACAAGCGAUGGAAAAAAAAUGUCACUGUCUUUAAGUUCGUGGGUUUUUUUUUUGUACUAGUAUAUAAAAAAAUCAUCUGGAGUUUUCAUUUGCUACAUCAAACCUCAAGUGUGCAAAAAACCAUGACAGAUUCUGUGGUGUCAUUACAUCUGAAAAGUUGCAUAAGCAGUACAUUUAUAGAGCCCAACAGAUUCAAUGACUUGACUGUGUCUUUCUGCAUGAUAUGAACCGGACCCUUCAGACCUUGACCUAAAUCAGAUGCUGAAGUGUGAGCUUAGGGUCUUAAAUCUUCAGAAAUUUCUUCCUUAGUUCUGCUCGGUUGUUUCAGUUGAAAGGUAUUUUCCAGUUUUGACAGUCAUGAGUAAAAGCAUCAGACUUGAGUUCACCUUCCACACCUGUGGAACCAUCUUCUCAGCAGUCAUCGUCCCGGACAGAACGGCCAUUUGCUCAUAUUUAUUGGUGUGAGGUAGGGAACUCACCAGACAAAUAAGAGCAAUAAGUGAGGCAGGGACUAAUCAUUUACUAAAUAUAAAAUAAAAUAAAAAAUUAUUUCACCAGAAUGCACGCAAAAACUGCAUGAGUGAAAUUAGUGAGGUGAAUUGCCGGGAGAAGACCUACAUUUUUUUUUUUACAGAGACGGGAUAUUUAUAUUUCUACAUUUUUGUAAAUCCUAUGCAUGUGUUGGACUGUAUAAAACUGGCAAAUUAAGAGACAACGAAGUUUUCAAAUAAUGAUUUAAUCCAUUAAGGAAAAUAAGUUAUUCAAACUAACCUGGCAUUGUAUGAAAAAAUUAUCCUGUUACUUAGUAACAUGAUAAAUACAGGUAAAUACUGUUUAAUGCAGUAUAUGUUUUCCAAACAUUCCUCCUAUUUGGCAUUUAGUUUUCUUCCUUUUUAUGCCUUAUUCAUUUCACAAUCAAGUUCAAGCUGCAACCAAGGUUUCUUUAAACAUUGAUGUUAAUACUUUAUUUUAACAUAUCAAAUUUAUCAUUUAACUAUGAA